UCCAAUCUUUGAGAACGUUCGUCCAGCACAAACACAAAAAAAAAAUCAACAUGAAAUUCCUCAUCUGCUUGGCCCUCUUCAUCGCCGCCGCCCAGGCUCAUGUUGUGGCCCCCGCUGUCGCCACCUAUGCCGCAGCUCCGGCCCUGACUUACGCCGCAGCCGCCCCUGUGACCACCUACUCGGCCGCCCUCCCCCGCGCCUACUCUGCCUAUGCCGCCCCCUCCGUUUAUGCCGCCCCCUCCGUCUACGCAGCCCCCUCUGUCUACUCCUCCGCCGCCUAUGUGGCCUCGCCCUCCGUGUACUCCGCCUACGCCGCCCCCGCCGUCGUCUCCACCCUGCUCAAGAAGUAGAGUUUUCAGAUCGAUCCAGUAAUAUGUCACCCAUUUUGUCAAUGAUUUUCCAAGAAAUA